AAUGCACGAUUCCAAUCUAAAUCCAUUCUGUCAAAUUGCCGUUAUAAUUCACUGGUGAUUCGAUGACUUUUUACUGUUCAAAGUGCUGCGGUUCACUGCUCGGCAGGAGCCGUCGUCGUCACGCUUCUAUUGUCUCCUAAAUGUAUGGCAAAGGUUAAAAGGAUGUAUGUCAAUAAGCUACCAAAAUAAAAGAAGCAACAGACUUUGGCCCCUGCGAUGUGUGAUCCAUCGUCAAGUGGAGACGCUCUCCAGAUGUGUAGCAGUGUGGUUGUAUGCUCGGCCUCAGCGACCAAUCAGGUUCUAUCUGGUAUGGGCCAAUGGAGGCCAAGCAGUCGGGCAGGCUGGGUGUGCUGUGUUGGAGUUUCAACUUUGGACCCUACAAGAGCAGCUGAAUGAUUCAAUAGAAAGUCUUCAACGGCAGAGCUUUUCCCCAAAACAGGAUAUUUUGACUGGGAUUUUUUUUUUUUUUCGUUUUAGGGGGCCUCCUUGGUUUACCACCCGAUCAGGGGAACUAUGGAGCACUACCCUGAUCAGCAGACGUACGAUGGCACGGAGCUUCUCGAUUGGCUGUUUGAUCACACUGAUGGAAUCCUCCGGUACGAGGAAGCGGGACAACAAGGCCACCAGCAGCACCACUGGCCUGUGCAGGAACCAAAUCAGAUGCUCCAGCUGGCGGAACAGGCGGACGCCGACUUCCUCAACGCCCUCCUGAGUGGAGGCGAAUCAGUGUCGGACUCGCCGACCUGGUCCCCUUCGCCAAGCGACAGCGGUAUCAGCGAGGACCCGCCUUCAGAUCAAAUGGAUAGCCCCCAGCGACCCGAGAGUCCCUCCGGUGAUGUUCAUUGUUUGCGUCCGAGGUCACAGGCCAAAGCUGCCUUGGAGGCCCAUGUGCCCAUUAAACCUAAUGCCUGGAAGGGCGAAUUCCCAGCGGAGAGGAUGAAAUAUCCACAAUAUGCUUCUGACAUGAACAGAGCGCCACCGUGCUCCGGCUCGGGUCUGACUGUUAAGGAUCUGCUGCUGAGCGGCACCGCAGAGCCGCCUCCGCAGCCAUUCCAACAGUCCAUCCAAGAGCUGAUUCUCAAUGAGGACGAGAAGAAACUCCUCGCCAAGGAGGGCGUGACUCUGCCCGGCCAACUGCCACUCACCAAGUACGAAGAAAGGAUCCUGAAGAAAAUACGCAGAAAGAUUCGCAAUAAGCAGUCAGCCCAGGAGAGCCGCAAAAAGAAGAAAGAGUACAUUGAUGGACUGGAGAGCAGGAUGGCUACCUGCAGCGCACAUAACCAAGAGCUGCAGCGGAAAGUGUCUCAGCUGGAGAAAUGUAACAUAUCACUAAUGGAACAGUUGCGCCGGCUCCAAGCUCUGGUCAUGAAUACAUCGAACAAGCCGGCCCAGACUGGGACAUGUGUGAUGGUGCUCUUGCUGUCCUUCUCCCUAAUCCUCUUCCCAAGCCUCAAGCCCUACGCUGACACCAAAGUCAGCCAAGGAGACUUCAGCCCAGUAAGAAUCCAGUCACGGUCCCUGCAAAACAUGCAGGCCUCCCGCGUGCUGCAUGUCAUCGAUCCUCCGUUGCCCGCCCAAGACGAAUCCAAGUCAGUGCAUGCGCAUUUCCCAGGAGAUACGGGACUGGAAAUCACCACCCUGAUGGGGAACAUGAAGCUGAACCAAGAAUUGGACGCCAUGUCUCUGAACCGCAGCCAGGAGGAAAGCCUGGGUCAUUUCCACGUGGAUCCCGUCACCGGCCACAUAGCCACUGUGACUUUGGAUCCGAAACACUCCGCCGGGUUCCCGCCGAACGCUGAUGACAUGUAGAAGAAGCUAUAAUUUCUUUGAUCUGUCAUCAUUCUUUUCUUAGGGCUGUUUUUUUUAGUUUAAUCAUGUCUUGAAAAUUCUGUUUCUGCAGUCCUGUUUGUGCGAUGCUCUUUUUUUUAUCCGUUUGUGCAUUUUUGAUUGUUCCACUCUAAUUGUCUCUCAACUUGCAUCAUUUCGAGUCAUAAGCAAUACCGCCAGUGUGAUCUCACAGGGCAAUUUCUUAAUUCCCUUUAUUGUUGGGGAUAUGUUUCAGACUCAUAGGCGAAAAUCAGCAAUAUACAAAACAUAUAAAAACAUUCUUUGUAUACUUUCACACCUCCCAGAUGCUUUAAACUUAUUAAAACUCACUUUUUAAAGUA